UCUCACCGUCUGCUGCCUCUAUCUUGACGAUGGUCUCGGUGGCUUUUGACCGUUUUCUAGCCAUAAAGGUACCUUUACGGUACUGCCAACUAAUGACAGACAAAAUGGUGGCUUUGAUCAUUGCAGGACUCUGGAGCAUCGCGCUUUUAAUUGGAUUUCUUCCAGUAAUGAUUCAGCAACUAAAGCCCGAUAAAUAUAACAAUAUCUGCAACCUGUUCUCAGUUAUCAAUCCUAACUAUGUUAUAGUUGUAUUUUGUGCUUGCUUUGUUCCUGCUUCAUUAACCUUUGUCUACUUCUACAGUGUAAUCCUGAAAAUAGCAUAUUCACACACACGGCAAAUCCUGGAGAGCGAACGGAUCAGCUCUUCCAUCAACUCAGCCACCCCAUCACGCUGCCACAUCCGAGACGUAAAGGCAGUGAGGACCAUAGGGAUUCUUGUUGGAUGUUUUAUGGUUACCUGGGCUCCAUUCUCCAUUGCAAGUACCGUCCAAGCCUGUUGCAUUAAAUGCCAACUAUAUACAUUAAUUGAAGACUAUCUAUGGCUGCUUGGUCUGUGCAAUUCUCUGAUGAAUCCGCUGAUUUAUUCCUACUGGCAAAGGGAUGUGAGAAUGCAACUUUGUCAGAUGCUCUGCUGUGUAAAUUUCAGAAUCUCCCACAUUUUUAGCUUCAGCUAUCAGCAGGAAGCUGGUGAUGUCCAGAGUCCUGGAUCAGAGAUGGGGGAUGAAGAUCAAUUACGUACAGCAAUUGGGAACGCCAGUUAUCCAAUGACAACAAAUAUAUCCGAAGGUAUGUGA